AUCACCCUUAUUAUGGCUGGCGUAGUCGUAUCGAAAAUUGCAAGUUGACGCGUCGUAACGACUAAUUGGUAUUUUGUGAGUCGUAUGCGAGAAAUUACAACUCUGUAUGAAAUUCUGUUACAAUUUUCGUACCACAAGACGCGUUCUAAUUCGACAAAUGCUGCAAAAGUAGUCGUUAGAGAUUUUGUUGCCGACAACACACAAAUUUUCCCAAAUUGAGUUUACAAAAGAAUAAAUUAUAUACAAAAUGGAUUUGAAUAAGAAUCACAAUGAAAAAACAAUUUGAUGAAAUGAUCCAGAUUUUGCAAAGGAAUCCAAAUUUGGCUAGAGGUUACAGCAGUGGCUUGAAAAAAAUUAACAUUAAGGAAGAAUGGAACAAAAUUGGUGAAAAACUCAAUAUCUUAGGACCGCCGGUUCGAACUGGCGAAGCCUGGAUGAAAGUUUGGGCCGACUACAAAUUUAAAUUGAGGAAGAAGCUUGUUCAUAACAAGGCAGAAUGUCGUGCUACAGGUGGAGGGCCCUUCAAGCAGUUCAUUUUAAGCGAAACGGAGGAAGCAGCAUCACGCCUGUUACAAUUGGAGACAAUUGUAAAUGCAGGGAACCAAGCAAUUGGAAUUCAACAGCGUCCAAUACUUGGUGAACUGGAGACUGAGGAGGAACUGUUUGAAGGGUUUGAAAUUGGCGAAGACAAAGAAAACCACAAUCCCUGCAUACUGACUCCUCCAAGCGUAAACAGAUUUCACAGAAAUACGCAACAGAAGCAGGUUGUUGUCAUCCAAGAUGUCUGUACGCUUCCCUCUGUAAGCACAAAUAACCCGAAUCAAAAUGAACUUCAGGAAGAGGUUCCAACGACUUCUUCAAAAAGACAAAAGAAGAGUGACCACAAAUAUGAACUUCUUGAAGAGCAGCUGAAGGUGCAAACAGAAUUAUAUAAUGAUGUUAAACGAUCAUUAAAUGAUAUUGAGAGGUACCAACGCAAAAACUACAAACUGAAUGAAGAGUUGUUAAAACAAAGAAAAAUUAGUUAUAAGUUAAAGGAAGAAAAAUUAAAACUUCUUAAAGAAGAAUAUAAAAAUAAGGCGGAAUUCAGAAAGGAGUUAUUGCGAUGUAGGAAAGAUGAAAUUGAAAUUGAAAAGAGACGUCUGGAAUUAGAAGAAAUAAGGAGUGGAUUUCAGUGA